AGGCCUGGCCACUGGAGGUGGUCUCCGCCCCCUCUGCUCACAGGAUUGCCUCCCAGGAAUCCACCACGUGACAGUCUCUGACCGCAGCCUCAACUAGAAGCGUCCUGCGAGUGCUAUGGCUCCCCAGACGCCCCUCUGCCUCCCUUCGCUGCUGCUGCCGCUCCUGACGCUCCUGCUGCCCCAGGCAGACACUCGGUCGUUUGUAGUGGAUCGAGAUCAUGACAGAUUCCUCCUGGACGGGGUCCCCUUCCGCUACGUGUCUGGCAGCCUGCACUACUUUCGGGUACCGCGGGUGCUUUGGGCUGACCGACUUUUCAAGAUGCGAAUGACGGGCCUUAACGCGAUACAGUUUUAUGUGCCCUGGAACUACCAUGAGCCAGAGCCUGGGGUCUAUAACUUUAAUGGCAGCCGGGACCUCAUUGCAUUUCUGAAAGAAGCAUCUUUAGCGAACCUGUUGGUCAUACUGAGGCCAGGACCUUACAUCUGUGCAGAGUGGGAGAUGGGGGGUCUCCCAUCCUGGUUGCUACGAAAACCAAAAAUUCACCUGAGAACCUCAGAUCCAGACUUCCUUGCUGCAGUGGAUUCCUGGUUCAAGGUCUUGCUGCCCAAGAUAUUUCCAUGGCUCUACCACAACGGGGGCAACAUCAUUAGCAUUCAGGUAGAGAAUGAAUAUGGUAGCUACAGAGCCUGUGACUUCAACUACAUGAGGCACCUGGCUGGGCUCUUUCGUGCACUGCUAGGAGACGAGAUCUUGCUCUUCACCACAGAUGGGCCUGAAGGACUCAAAUGUGGCACCCUCAAGGGGCUCUACACCACUGUAGAUUUUGGCCCAGGUCUCCUGAGCAAGGCUGAUAACAUGACCAAAACCUUUGCCCUGCUUCGGAAGUACGAACCCAGUGGACCACUGGUGAACUCUGAGUACUACACAGGCUGGCUGGAUUACUGGGGCCAGAAUCACUCUACUCGGUCCAUCCCAGCUGUAACCAAAGGACUAGAAAAAAUGCUGCAGCUGGGAGCCAGUGUGAACAUGUACAUGUUCCACGGAGGUACCAACUUUGGAUACUGGAAUGGUGCUGAUGAGAAGGGACGCUUCCUCCCAAUUACUACCAGCUAUGACUACGACGCACCCAUAUCUGAAGCAGGGGACCCCACACCUAAGCUUUUUGCUCUUCGAAAUGUUAUCAGCAAGUUCCAGGAAGUUCCCUUGGGACCUUUACCUCCCCCCAGCCCUAAGAUGAUGCUUGGACCUUUGAUCCUGCACCCGAAUGGAGAUUUGCUGGCUUUCCUAGACCUCCUGUGCCCCCAAGGGCCCAUCCGUUCAAUCUUGCCAAUGACUUUUGAAGCUGUCAAACAGGACCGUGGCUUUAUGUUGUACCGGACCUCUCUGCCCCAUACUGUUUCUGAGCCAACGCAAUUCUGGGUGCCAAACAACGGAGUCCAUGAUCGUGCCUAUGUGUUGGUAGAUGGGGUAUUUCACGGUGUUUUGGAACGAAACAUGAAACACAAACUGUUUUUGGUUGGGCAAAUGGGUGCCAAACUGGAUGUCUUGCUGGAGAACAUGGGGAGGCUCAGUUUUGGCUCUAACAGCAGUGACUUCAAGGGCCUCUUAGAGCCUCCAAUUCUAGGGCAAACCGUCCUUACGCAGUGGCUGAUGUACCCUCUGAAAGUUGAUAAGCUUGCCAAGUGGUGGUAUCCCCUCCAGUUGCUGAAAACACCAAUUCUUCCAACUCCCUCUGGCCCCACCUUCUACUCCACAACAUUUCCAAUUUUAGGCUCAGGCGGGGACACGUUUCUUUUUUUACCCGGAUGGACCAAGGGCCAAGUCUGGAUCAAUGGGUUUAAUCUGGGCCGCUACUGGACGAAGUGGGGGCCACAACAGACCCUCUAUGUGCCCAGACCCCUGUUGUUUGUUCGGGGAGGCCUCAACAAAAUUAUACUGCUGGAGCUAGAAAAUGCGCCUCCCAACCCCCAAAUCCAAUUCUUAGAUAGUCCUAUCCUCAACAGCACUUCACACAGGACAUUCGUUUAUUCCCUCUCAGAUGAUACACAAAGUACCCCUGAACCAAUGGAGUUAAGUGGGCACUGAAUGAAAUUCCAUUAACCCUUG